AAAUGAAGACGUUUGCCAUUUUCAGAUUGGUAAUGGCACAUCCACAAAAGAAAAUGAGUCGACAUUAUUAGUUUCAGAUAACAACACGAGACAUCAUGAUAAUUGGAGGUAUGGUAGCUUUUAAAAAUGAAUUUGUCGUUUCCAUGGGUCGUUUCCUACGAUUGUCUUUGAGUGUUUAGUAACGUGCCGGAAACUCGCCGAAAUCCAAGCAACCUUGAACGCACCAUUGUGUCGAAUGCGGAAGUAAGCCAGGCGCUGCGCGCUUUCAUGUUCUCUGCAUGAUGGGGUAGACUAGACUCGGGAAAUAAAGGAACUGUAAAUAAGUAUGCUGCAGAACAGGUAUUUCUGAGGCAGUGCAUUCUCAAAGCUGAGUAGAAUACGUCUUGUUAAGAAGUCAUGUCUGAGAAGGAACUGAAGGAGGCGUUUGUCAGAAAUCUCAAUGGGACCAGUCUGACGGAGGUGUCCCUGGGCUCCAUACUCGCCCCAGAAUGCCUCAUCACCAGAGGACUCAUUUUGAUCCUCUACUAUCUGAUCAAAAGCGCUCUUCCUCUGCCACUUCCACUAAUCUCUCACCUGCUUCUAGACUACUGUGCACUUAUUCUUCCCCUCGUGCUGUCAUGCACCAUCCUGAGCAGCAUCCUCCACCACGUCAUCAUCUGCCUUGUCUUUGUUACAGUGUGUGUGAUUUGCUGUAUGUGGUGUAAAAGCAAGGACCCACAGAACACUGUCAACAGUUUUCUUCAGAGUCAUAUUGAGUGCAAGCAGGUCCCCUUUGUGACCAUAUUCAGAGUUUUUGUAAAUGUGAAAACCGCCAUCAGCAUUCUUGCAGUAGAUUUUGCCGUCUUUCCGAGGCGUUAUGCAAAAACAGAAAGCUAUGGGACAGGUGUUAUGGACUUUGGUGUUGGGGCAUAUAUUUUUGCAAAUGCUCUUGUCUGCCCAGAGGCGCGAGGGAAGAACUUCUCAGGAUCCAGGUUGAAUCAUAUCAAAAAGCAGCUCCUGUCUGUGUGGCCACUGGUUUUUCUUGGUAUGGGAAGGCUGGUGAGCUUGAAAAUGACCGGCUACCACGAGCAUGUGACAGAGUAUGGUGUUCACUGGAACUUCUUCUUCACAUUAGCCAUCGUCAGAGUUGUGGUAUCUUUGCUUUUGGCUGUUUUGCCAGCCAGUCAAUCAUGGGUCUAUGCAAUUCUGAUCAGUGGAUUUUAUCAGUUUGCAUUGGAGACAACAGAGCUGAAGAACUUCAUUCUCUACAACAAUGACAGGGAGAAAGACUUUCUGCAUGCUAACAAGGAGGGCAUUUUCUCUGUAGUGGGCUAUGUAGCUAUCUACCUGGCAGGAGUUCAGGUUGGACUGUAUAUCAUGCAACCCCGAUCUCUUGUUCGACAGUGGUUUAAAGUUCUCUUUAACCUCUUGUUUGCAUGUUUUGUCCUCUUCAUUGUUUUGUUUGCAUGUCAGACACUCGUAGAGCCCGUGUCUCGUUGUAUGGCAAAUUUACCGUUCUUCAUCUGGAGUGUUGCCCAGUCUUUGUUGUUUAUAUCCUGCAUUGGUAUCGCCGAUAUGGUUAUACUUUUCUCCAAAAAGACAUCAGGCUGCCAUUUUGUUCCUUUGUCAUGGAAUUUCUGUAAAAAACAAAACGUCUCUGAGAAAAAAAAAGAAGAACUGGACAGACUCUGCCUCAUUCAAGCUGUCAGCAGGAAUCAGUUGUUAUUUUUCAUGCUUGCAAAUCUCAUGACAGGAUUGACCAACUCUUUAGUGGACACACUACAUUGCAGCAGUUUGUUUUCUGUGUGUGUUUUACUGUUGUACAUGUUCAUGAAUUGCUUUGUAAUUUAUCUUCUACAUGUUUGUGGAAUCACAAUAAAAUUCUGGUAACAUUUGUAAACUGCAAGAUUAGUUUGUAUCUUAAAGGAUUUUCAUGGGGCUUGAAUAACACCCCCCUAUAUACGGGAUAAUUAAAAUAAAAAUGUACAUCUGAUGUUAAGCAGAAAUAAUCUGAACUGCUGAAUAUACUGCUUGAUUUUUUUUUGUCUGCAAAUAAAAUGUUAUUAUUAUCCCUUG